AUGACUAAAGAUCAAGAAAUCAAGAAAUCAGAAUCAGAAUCAACUAUGGUUGAAGAUACUACAGGAUCAUAUGCAACUAUGUUACAGGAUGAGAACAGAAGAAUUGUGGUUCACUUCCACAUUUCUAUCCCUUCCCCUGGUACAGCAAAUGCACCUUGGUUUGACAGCAGAGAUGCUACCUUGUUUAUUGAAAGAUUUUAUCAAAUGUGCAAGGAUCAUGAGGUAAUUGACCCUAAGAACAUUAUCAAACAGUUGGCUAGAUACUGUGUUACAUGGAUUGGAGAAUGGAUAAAGACCUUAGAAGACUACAAGAAAGAUAAUUUGGAAGUAUUCUCUAAAGAGAUUAUUUAUGAAUUUCAUAAUCAGAAUAUUACUUACAAGAUUCACCAUCAGAAUUAUCUUCAAGCAAUUACAAAGAAACCACAUGCUUGGGAUAGCAACAUUUGUACCUAUGUUCAAGAAUAUACUACUAUCACCAUUGAGACUUCAAAGAAAACAGCUAGUUCUGCAAAGACUGAAGAAUCUGAAUCAAAAUUCAAAGCCAAGAGCCCUGAGAGCACCAAUAUUGAAGCUGUAAUUAAAAAGAUGACCAACAGGUUUACAAAUUUGACAUUAGUUAUGAGAGUACAGUCAAAUCAGAUACAAGGAAAUUCCAAUCAGUACUAUAUGCUGCAGAGAGAAGAGCCUUCAAAACCCAUACCAAAUUAUACAACAAAUGUGACUACUAAUUCUGCAACAGUACAAGAGAACACCCAACCACAAUUAGUUAAUUCUUAUAUGGCUUAA